AUGAUCCGCCCGCCGCAGCCGCCGGCUUAUGUCUUCUUAAUAGAUGUGUCUGCUGCUGCUGCUGCUGCUGGCCUUGUUGCUGCUGCUUGCCAGGGCCUUGCUGCAGCACUAGCAGCAAACAAGCUGCCGGGCGGCCGCAGGGCCCUCGUGGGCAUUCUCACCUACGACUCCAGCGUCCACUUCUACGCGCUGCAGCAGCAGCAGCAGCAGCAGCAGCAGCAGCAGCAGCAGCAGCAGCAGCAGCAGCAGCGGCCGCAGGUGCUCGUGGUGCCGCAGGUCGAAGACAUCUUCUUGCCUCUUGCUGAUGACCUUUUUGUCUCCUUUUUGGAAAAUAAGGAGACAGUUUUAAACACUCUUAAAGCUAUUCCAGAGAUCUGGAGAAACAACACCUGCACCGACAGCUGCAUGGGAAGCGCGCUGAAGGCUGCUGCGCUGGUGGCCAAACAUGUGGGGGGGAAGAUUUUGCUGUUUGCUGCUGGGCCCCCCACAGUGGGGGACGCAGUGGUGCAGCGGGAAGCAGCAAGAGACAAAACUUUGGGGCAGCAGCUGACGCAAAACCAGCUUUCUGUGGAUUUGUUUUUGUGUCCUCCUGCUGCUGGAGCAGCAGCAGCAGCAGCAGCAGCAGCAGCAGGCCAGGGGGCCCCCGCUGCUGCAGGGGUUUACGGGGGGCGUGGGGCCCCGAACGGCGCGCCGCUGGGUGCUGCUGCUGCUGCGCCUGCUGCAGCAGCAGCAGCAGCAGCAGCAGCAGCAGCAGGAGCUGCUUUCUUCGACCUUGCUUCUUUUGCUGCUCUUGCGCAAUAUACUUCUGGAGAACUUCGCUAUUAUCCGGGAUUUUCGCAGCAGCAACAUGGCGAAAAACUCAAACAAGAAAUCGACAGAGUCCUUUCCAGAGUCACCGGGCAAGCAAACCCUAAACCCUAA